AUGCCGCUCGUGACUUCCACCAUGAUCAACAGUGACAAACCGCGCGUCAUCCUCGGGCUCAUGACAUUCGGACCCCCCGGGACCGAGUCCAAGGGCGGGCGGAUCACGACUUUGGAAGAAUACAACAAGAACCUCGACUACUUCCAGUCCCGGGGUUACAACGAGGUGGACACAGCGCGGGCUUACAUUGCCGGCGAACAAGAGGCAUUCACAAGAGAGGCUCGAUGGAAAGACCGCGGCCUGACCUUGGCCACCAAGUGCUUCCCCGCGAAGCCAGGCGACCACUCCCCCGAAAAGCUGCGGGCGAGUCUCGAGAAGAGCCUGGCCGAGUUGGGGACGAAUAGUGUCGACAUCUUCUACCUCCACGCCCCCGACCGAUCCGUGCCCUUCAAGGACACGCUGCAGUGCCUGAACGAGAUGUUCCAAGAAGGCAAAUUCGUCCAAUUGGGCCUGAGCAACUUCGCGGCCUGGGAGGUGGCCGAGGUGUGGAAUAUCGCCAACGAGCGAGGUUGGGUGAAACCCACGAUUUACCAGGCCAUGUACAAUGCCAUCACGAGGGAUAUUGAGAAGGAAUUGGUCCCCUGUUGUCGAAAGUAUGGAAUAGACUUGGUGGUUUACAACCCGCUCGCCGGUGGCGUGUUUAGUGGCAAAUACAAAUCCAAGAGCGACAUGCCCAGCGAGGGCCGCUUCGCAGACGUGUCCCGGACAGGAAAGAUGUACCGCGACCGGUACUUCCAGGACUCGACUUUCCAAGCCCUCCAACUGAUCGAGCCCGUCGUCCAACGCCACCAACUCACCUUACUCGAGACCGCGCUGCGAUGGUGCAUCCACCACUCGGCCCUGAAAUUCGCCAAGGAUGGCGGCAACGACGGCGUCAUCAUCGGCGUCAGCUCCCUCGCGCAGCUGGAGAGCAAUCUGAGAGAUCUGGAAAAGGGGCCCCUACCGCAGGAAGUCGUGGAUGUGCUUGAUGAGGCCUGGGAGACGUACCUCAAGGGGAGGGGCCCGAGUUAUUGGCGGUAG